CCCGGCGCCCCUCCGCCCCGCCCGGCUCGGGCCGGGGCCGGGGCCGGGGCCGGGGCCGUGCUGCCGGGCGGAGCAGGUGAAGGGAGCAUGAGUGAAAAUGAGGGACAUCUCCAGAGAGAUGGACCAGGAGCAGAUGAACCUUGUGAGGCCAUUUCGGACUUUCAUGAGAGAAGCUUCUCCUUCGGGCUGUGACCAGGCAGUGUCCCAUACAAGGCCAGACCUUCUGUCCCCAGAAACAGGGCCAGAGAAGACUUCUCGCUGUGGCUUCCGGAAGCGUAAGGAUACUGUGGUGCCCCACCGAGCAUUCAUGGGUGAGAAGCCCUACAUCUGCAUCGAGUGUGGGCAGAGCUUCAACCGCAGCUCUGACCUGAUCCGCCACCAGAGGAUCCACACUGGGGAGAAGCCAUACAUGUGUACUGACUGUGGGAAGAGCUUCAGCCGUCGCUCCCACCUCAUCCAGCACCAGCGCGUCCACACGGGUGAGCGGCCAUACCAGUGCAAGGACUGCGGGAAGAGCUUCAGUCAGAGCACCCACCUGGUGCAGCACCAGCGCAACCACACUGGUGAGAGACCUUAUGUCUGUGCCAAGUGUGGAAGGAACUUCUACCAGAACUCAGGCCUGCUCCGCCAUGCUAACUUUCACACGGGAGAGAAACCCUACAAAUGCCCCCAGUGUGGGAAGCACUUCAGUGACAGCUCCAACCUCAUUGCCCACCAGCGUCUCCACACGGGUGAGAAGCCCUACAAAUGUGCUGACUGCAACAAGUGCUUCAGUGAGAGCUCUAAGCUGAUCAUCCACCAGCGUGUCCACACAGGUGAGAAGCCAUACUUGUGCCCUGACUGUGGGAAGAGUUUCAGCCAGCGCUCACAUCUUGUCCAGCACCGUCGCACGCACACUGGGGAGAAGCCCUACAAGUGUGCUGAGUGUGGGACCUGCUUCAGUGACAACUCUACCCUCAUCCGUCAUCGUCGUACCCACACUGGGGAGAAACCUUUUAAAUGCUCCCACUGCGGGAAGAGCUUCAGUCGCAAUUCCUACUUGGUCUCACACCAGCGGUUGCACAUGUGGUAGGCAGCAUCACUAGAUGUGGUCUGGGGGUGAUCUAGGAUGCAGCUCUGGUCCAGGCCUGUCUAAAGUGUGCUUAAGGGACAAGGAGGGGACACACAAGGAUGUGACUACAGCUGGCCAGAGUAAUUCCUUUGGACCGUGUUACCUUUUUCAUUCCCCUCCUCCUCCCAAUGCACCUUGGGCAUGGACAGAAAGUGAGCAGUGGUUGCAUUGGAUAGUUCUGCAUCCCAAGGCCCUGUUGUUCUCUUUCCUUGGUACUAAAGUCGGAUGCUAUCUGCCACAUGGCCAGGGUGCAGAUGUUUGCUCACACAUCCCCAUGAGAGGUGUCUGUUUGGGAGUCUGAGGAGAGAAUGCACAAUGUCAGAUCACAGGACGAAAAGCUGUGUGGUCAUGCAACCUACACGUGUGGUAGUGCCAAGGGAAGUAGGAUGGAAGAUGGGGUCCUUAAGGGACUUUGUUCCACUCACAGCUGAAAUGUUGUGGCCUGUAUAAUAUUGCACAGGUCUAUGGAAGGUCACCAUAUUUGUGGUCUAAGCCAACUCUGGAACGUCAAAGUGAAAUAAGUCUUGUAAAAGGAACACGUAGGCAUACCCUUAACCAGGGAAAGGAGAUAUUCUGGCAGAGGUUCUCUGCAAAUGCUGUUUGGAUGGAAGGAACGAGGGAGCUGUGAGAUAAGGACAUGGCCUCUUUUGGAAUCUCAGAACUGGUGGGAUCAUAUCUGGAGGCUUAAAAAAAUAACCAGAAUUAUACCUGCUGCUGCUAAGACUGUGGUACGCAACUUUAUAGAUGUAUGGAGGUCAGCUCUGAGUUUGUACUGGUAGCUUUAUUCUACAGAAUUUGGAUUCAAAGAUAGGGUUCAGGUGGGCUGGUUAUUAGAUGUGUUGCAAAAUGGGACAGAACAACAGUGUACUAGGACUGACUUGAUUCCAUACCAGUAUUUCUCAAGUCCCAUUAUGCCCAGUGUGCAUGCACAUGCGUGUGUAAAUAACAUCUCUAUCAAUGUAUUCACAUAAGUAUGAACUAACUUUUACACUAAGUGUAUCUUCACAGUCAUCUGUGAACGAUCUCAUGUGAACACACCGUGGCAGUGGUCAAAGUGGCCAGCUGUAAGACACUACACCAUAUCAGCACUUGUCAAAACACUAAACAUAAUGUAUAUAUUAGCAUUUCUCAAUAAGAAGCUGGGAGGAAUAGGUUUUGUACAAAAAAUGUACGAAUUUUCAUAUCAGGACAUUCAGGUUUACACUGAUUUCUUUGUGUAUGUGUGUAAGAAAUCUGAAAUUGAGUUGUCUUGUUUAUAUAUCUAUAAAAAAAAUGUGUGGCCCUUAUGGUUUUCACUCUGUGUAGUUCUCUCCCCCUCGUUUUCCACAGGUACGUAUAAAUGGCAAUUGUAGGAUGUACCCCCCUCACGGCUUUAACUAGAAAGUAUUGCAGUGCAACACAUGACAUUGCUUUUGUUUUUUGACUGUUCUGCUGCUGACCAUUUUAGUAACAGUAUUGACUGGUGUGCUUAUCUAGCACUGCUGGAGCUUAGAAAGAUUUCCGGUUUCAUGAUGUACCAACUGACUCCAUGGCUUCAAGCAGGUCUAUGGAAAAGGAAUGCAAUCUGAAGCCAGUGAAAGGACUGGAGCUGUAGUGGGGAAGAGAUGAAGGAAACAAAGAUGACAAGAAGGUCCACGGAUUUGAGCAGCUGCUGGCCAGGAAUGCUUGUGAAUUGCUUGCUGAACCUGCUACUCUCAGAGGGAUUGCAGGGGUCCUUUCCAUGACCCCCACACCAGUUUGUGACAUUAAACUGCUAAUAAAAUGACCUUUACAUAUAGUUUAAUAAGAAGGAGCUGUAGGGGGGACAUGAAAUUGUUUGCAGCUCCUAGAGGAACAAGGCACCUUUAUGUGCAGCUGCUCAGGGAAGUAGAAGGAGCUUUCAGAAAUGGGGUGGACUUUGUUUACACAGGAACUAAAGCCUUGGUUUUCAAAUGCGCGUUUUUACUUUUAGCUUUAUGUUUGGUUUUGCUUUUUAUGGACACCUUCAAACCAAUGACUUCUUGAUUUCUGUUCCACUUCUGGAAAGUGAUUUGGAAGUCUUGACUAAUGGUCAUUCUGGAAGCGGCAAGAUUUUCAAUUGCUAGCAGACUUUCAGAAGGGAUACUACAGCUCUCGGUAGGCUCACUUUUAACUGGAUUCAAAGGUUAUGUUGCGGGGCAGCUGUAGAACUGAUCAAUUUGUGUGGGUCUGUCCUGGUCCAGUUUAAGUUUCCCAAAGGAAAUUUACAGCACUGAAACUGUUUGGCUGAGAAGCCCUGUUUGCCCAAGAAAGGCAUCUUGUGAAUGCAACUUCUGGCAAUCUGAAUGGAGUCACCGUAGCUGAUCAAUGAAACCCAGAUCUGCACGUAGCAGAGCUCAACCCUAAGGGAAACCCUCACAUUGAUUCUGGUUUGAGAAGCCAGCUGUCCAUGAAUAUGCCUUUUCUUUUCUACAUGCUUUGUGAAGUGCUAUGUGUACUUAACAGUGCUCUAUAAAUUAAAAAAAAGGAUUGAUGUGCA